UUCCAGCCGGACAACAUUUUCGUCGCACAAAUAGUUGUGUUUACACCGCAACGUGGAUAACUGUGACAGAUCUUGUAUGGCUAGUAUUUAAAACAUUAAAAGAAGAACUUUCGUUAAGUUGUGGUUGUUUUAGUCACAUUAAAAUGAGUAAAAAGCGCCGCAGCGAAGACUCGGCAGAGUCAAACAUUCCGGAGAAAAAGGGAACGGAGUUCAAUGGGACUGUGUUCAAAGCCAUGCUAAAGGAGCCCACCAUGGCCAUGAAGGGGCUGGGGGAAUUCAUAUCAACUGCUAAGAGGCUGCCUUCCUCCGAGUUGUAUGAUGUGGUUGAAGGUUACAUUAAAAUCUCUAUGGACUGUGCAGAAAUCUUCAAAUUGCUGGAGGGAGAGAAGCACAUAGAGAGUGAGAUGUUGCUGAUUUUUGAGAGUCUGGAGAUGAUCCUUCUCAGAACAGCCAGUGACCUGUCUCACUUCAACAUGGUUGGCAAUGCUAUUGUUAAAAAGAUUGUAUCCAGCUACAUGAAACUUCUGCAGGGAUCUUUCCAUUCGGAAAACCAUAGGUUUGUCCGUCAGUGCCUCAAUUUCCUUUCCGCCCUGGUAUCUCAGGGUCCAGAAGCAGCAAAAGAGAUUUUAGGUCACAUUCACAUCAGUAAAGCUCUGUCUGCACUAGCAAGGAGAAAGGAUAAGAGGGGAAGACCAGACGUUCGUGUGGCUUUUAUCCAGUUUGUUCUGUCCUUUUUGGUGUCUGGAGAUAUUACAACUGUCGGGCAGCUUUUGGAAAUUAAAGAGCUGCUGCCAGAAAUCCUGAGUACGGGACUGAAGGAGGACAAUAUGUCCACAGUUUGUCUAAUUGUGUCCACACUGAAAAGCAGAGUUGUUCUAAAUAAAGGUUUACGCAAAACGCAGAAAGUUCGAUUUUUCUCUCCUGCUGUACUGGCCAACAUCGCAUCUCUAUAUAAAUGGAAGGGGAUUGUGGAUGCAACGACUGAGGAUGACAGGAUGGUGACAAACUCGGAGCAAGCUGGGCGGUCGGUCGUCCGUGAGCUCGUCCACAGUUUCUUUCUUGACUUGUGCUGCUCUCGCAAGCACGGCAUCAGCUUUCAUGACCCCAGCUUUGGCACCGUCGGCAGAGCCGGCAACAUUGUGUUGCUUCAGUUUCUGGUGGGGCUGAAGCAGGCCACAGAGGACGAGUUGGUGGCAGAGCUGGUGGUAAAUGUGCUGAAGGCUAGUCCUGACGUUCUGGCCAGAUACUUUAAGGAGACUCAGUAUUCAUACAUUCCCAGAGCCAAAGAUGCCUGGCAGGACAAUAUCAGGUUACUUAAAAAGAUCUACGAGGCCCAACCGGAGCUUUGCACAUUGUUUCAAAGUCGUGAUGUGGUCCCUCUUCCUCGACUGCUCUCUAUGAUUAUGGUGAUAUCGCUUCCUCCUGUCUGUAACAAGGCCUUCUUCACCCAGGGCCUCAGUCUUGCGAACACAGCAGUGCAGCUCACGACUCUGUCCAUGAUGAAUUUCAUUUUGAAAAGGGCCAAGAAGAACAUAGAGUACCUUUUGGAUAAGUCUGAGGGGCAUCGCUCAGAUGUCUACUCUCCUGACAUGAUGGAGGAAUUAGUGCAACAGUACAGAGAGACACUCAGUAAGGUUUUGCCCGACAUAAUGAGCAUCGUAUCGAAGUGGCAGUCGCUUAGCAAAAAGGACACCGCUGGUGGUGACGGAACAAAAACCAAACCUCAAGGCAGCGCUAAAAAUAAUGAUGAGUUUGUUGCUGACACCGCUGAGGUCGUCCUACUCAAGGCUGUGAUUCUUCAGGUCAUAUGUCUGUACCAGACAGUAGCGCCACAUCUGGUCAGCCAGUGCAAAUUUGACUUCAGCAAACUUUUAAAAGGAAUUGUGUCAGAGAAGGGAAUGAGAGAAGAAGUCCCCCCAGUUCUGCAGUAUCAGAUACUACAGCUUGCCUUAGAUCUCCCUGCAAGCAAGUUCUCCUGGUUCCGCAUACAGGAUGUUGCAGAUGCUGAGUCAUCAUCUGGAGAGAAAUCUGUACUUUACCUUCUUCUGAAGAUGUUUGUCACCAGCCGCAGCAGUUACCUGAAAAACUCCACACAGAUGCUGGUUUUAAAAGUGCUAAAGGACAGUGGAGUGUUUGAGUACACCUGGACAGAGCUCGAGCUCUGGCUCAACCAACUGGCCAGACUGGAGUCAAACCAACACGACACCGUCAUUCAUUUCUUAGAGAGGGUGUUUGUCAAGCUGGUGUCCAGUUCCUACACAUAUACAGAUAAGGUUGCCAGCCUUGUCCAAGAAGCAGCUUAUGUGCAGACGAACCUGGGCAGUCAGGAGGGCGACGCUGUCAGUAUCCCAGUGUCACAUAUAGAUGAUGUGUUGGACAUGUUGGAUGUCAUCAUGGAGGGUAACGAUGGUGAGAUGGAGGAGUUUGGGCCGGCUCUCAGCGAAGACCUCAUUAACCAGACCUUCCCCUUCAGUGUGCUGGUCCCUGCUGCUCUGGAGGCCAGAAACAGACUGUCAGCUGACAAGGGAGUGGUACACGGCUACUUGUCUGCUGUGCUCUCGGAUGUGCUACACUGUCAGAGAGAGCCGCUCCCCCUCUGCCUGGCUCUGAUGCAGUACGAUAAAGAGCUCGUUUCAUCGGCACAUCCUGGCUCUCCUCAUGCCUCUGUCAUACACCUUCAUCAGUAUUACUCCAAAUGGCUGCCGCAGCAGUGCCGGGAGGAGCUGUUCAAGGAUUCUGAAUGUGAUUCAAAGGACUUGCCGCCCCCCGCUUCAUUCACUGCACUGAUGAAAGCUGCAUACAGCCAAGGGCCCAGCGCUUUGCUUCCAGACAGCUUCAGAAAGGAGCUGAAAGAGGCUCUAGCGUCCAUGUUGAUGCCAGAGUUUCCAGUAGCAAUCAAACAGAUCUUACUCUACAUCAAAUCAACAGUGGAAAACUUUGGCACGUUUGCCAAAGACAUAGGAACCACCCUGCUGAAAACCUACAUGGAAAUACUCCAGGAUUUGGUGACUUUGCUGCAGGACUUUCAGGAGACCACUGUGUCUGAGCCUCCAGAGGAAAACUACCAAGAAGCUUCUGACCUUUUCCUGGAGCCCAAUCAGUCGCCCUCAGUGGAAGCCAACAAAGAGAAGAUCCUGGUUUCAGCUCUUGGGUCCAUCUUCAGACACCCCUGUUUGGAGCAGUGGUUUCUGGCUCUGGAGCUGGCUACUGUGCCCCCUCAGACCCUGAACCCCAUCAGACUGAAACAACUCUGUGCUCAACUGAGUGAUGACAUUCUGGGCUUGCUGGAGACCAGCGCUCCAACUCUUCGUGACCUGGGUCACCUGGAAAUUCUUGGCAGCUACAUAGGUGCUAUAGAAAACGCAGUGCUCAAGGAGCUGACGGAUAAGGCGUCCCAGGGUGCAAAGAAACAGUCCAGACCUUUCAAGGCCCUCCUGUCUUUGCACAGCUACAUGGAGCCCUGUACUCUGAGGAAGGUGAUCUCCAAGCUGCUGCUCCUCCCCCACAAGAGACUCAUCUCCUCUGGAAACGAAGGUGCACAAGCCCAGCUUAGUGUCUACGGACAUGCAGCCUUGCAGAUCCUAACAGAAUCCAAAUGCAGCUCAUCCCAGGACCAAAGCACUUCUCUAACACAGGCGCACCUGCAUGGCCUGGGCACCCUGCUGUUGUCCUGCUCCAGCCCUGCACUGGAGGCCUUCCUGCUCCAGACUCUGUCUACUGAACCAGGCAAUGCCAAGCUCAUACAUCCUGACAUUUUCCUGCACUGCCUCCAACGGCCUCUUCCGGACUCUCAGGCAAUAAGCUCCCUGUUACUGCAGAACUCCUCCACCCACCGCCUCUGCUUUGAGAUGUGGUGUCUAGAGCCAGUGAACAUGGAGAGCCUCUCAGGGCAGAUAGAAGCCUACAUCCCACUGAUCCAUGCCUACUUACAGAUGGCAGAUAGAGAGGACCCAGCCAGACCUCAAGAUGUGCAAAAAGGAGCUUUAAUAGCUUUUAAGAAGCACUUUCUCCCCAAAUUGUCCCAAUGGGUUUUGGAAAAUCUGAGCAAAGACUCUGGAGCCCAGCUUGUGGAAACUCUUGCUAGUCUGAUCAAGCUCUCUGCAAGCAUCAAAGACAUCGGGGAUUUGAUUAGUGGUCUUCCUAACGCUCUUCAAAAAGUGGACAGUUUUGAAAGAUGGAAACUAGUAAAUGUCAUCUUUGAGAAAUUGGCUGAUUCCCCAGCGGAACAAGAAACAUGGAGGAAGUCUGUCACAGCUUCUGCCAUUAAAUGCCUCAUCACAUCCUACAGUCAGUUUAAAGAUCCACAAACUUCUCCGUCAACACAGGAGCAGAGCAUCCUAGAGAGACUACAGCGACACCUAAUAUCAGCUGAAGACAUCACUGCAUCUGAAUGGAACAGUUUUGUCAGGAAUGGACUAAAAUAUCGCUACAGAGACCAUCACUUCCUGAACACCUUGAGCAGCCUGCUGGAACCAAUGUAUAGGAGCAGUGAUGCCCAGAAGGAUCUGAUUCUUUUAUCCACCCUUCACAUGAUGACCAGCAGCCAUUCUCUGUUCCUGCCCACCAUGUUGGACUCUGAUGAAGAGCACAGCUACUAUCAGGCUAAAGAAGCGUUGGUGUCUCUUCUCCUCUCACUGGUGAAGAAAUGCCCCACAGUCUGUAACAUCAGUCACUUUGUUGUGCUUCUCGGAGCGUAUGGUGCAACGCUGAACACUUUAGAUCAGAAACUGCUGCUGCUUCUGCAGGAAUAUGAAAGAAACCACGUUAGUCUGCUCAAGUUUCAAUCCUUCUUGUGGGGUCCAGCGGCUGUGGAGCACCACAAAACCAGGAAAAGCCUGGGAUCAUCUCUGUGGAAGCAGGCGAGCACAGAUGAUGUGCUGGCCCUGCUGAAGCCUGACAGGAUGAUCGAGACCAUUAAACGCUUUCCCCAGAACCACAGAAUCCUCCCACAGGAUGGUAAUGAGCUGAUACACAAUAAUAUCUCAGGAACAGACCUUGAAAAUUUGUAUGAUCCCAGUUUUCUCCUGCCUCUGUUCAGUGCCAUUCUGCAGCCAGAGUGUGUAAUUGACUGCUUCAAGUUUGUAUCCAGCCAUGCUCUGGGAGUAACUGUAAUGGCUCUGAGCAGCUACGACCCAAAUGUGCGAGCGGCAGCAUACAACGUGUUGAGCUGCUUCUAUCAGCACCUGGAGGGAGCUCGUUUCAGAGAAAAGAGACAGCUGAUUUACUUGAUGGACACGGUGAAGAAUGGUAUUCGACAGCAGAAUCAGAGACUUCCAUUCGUCCUGACUACUUACCUCAGUAAAGUGGCUCAGCAGAUGCUCAGACCUGAGGACCACAUGUACAUUGUGUUGAACAGGUUCCUGCUGUCCCAGCAGAGUUUGGAUUUUAGGAGGGUCCCUGAGUUCUUUAAGCUAUUCUGUGGCUUUGACUUGGAGCAUAAGUUGGAACGUGAGUGGAUCCUGGGUGUGCUCGAGGAGGGGAUAAGUGAUGGACACUGCUACGACUUGUGUGAACAACAAGGCAUCUUCCAGAAACUCAUGGGAUACAGCUGCAGCCCUGUGUGUGACGAGCACUGCCAGGCGCAGAUCCUUAGAGUGUUGUGCCAGGCUGCUCAUGUGAAAAGAGCAGCUCACAGCCUCACUAAGAGCUGUGGCAUCCUAACUUGGAUGAUACAGUUUGUUGAGAAAAGGAACCUAGACCAGCAACUGCUCAGUUCCAUCAUAGACCUGCUUCAUGGGCUGUGGUUUAGUAACCUUGGGCAGAGGGAGAAGCAGCAGGUAGAAGGAGCCCAAACUACUUCAUCUACAAAAGAGAAACACCAGACCUCAGUAAAGUGUCUCCCUCUACCACUCGUUGGUGAAUACCUAUGUGUGGCAUCAACUAUCAGCAAAUACCUCAGGUUGGGUGUGAAGGCCUCUCGGCUCAGCCUGUUUCUGCAGACUCUGUGCUCUAUACUGAGGCAUCGUGGGACAGCUCUCAGUGUAAACAAACAGGCCGAGCGGAUCACUCUGCCCCCUCAGCCGCUAUCCUGUGUAGAAGCCCUUGCUCUGCUCAUCUGCUGGGCCUCUCUGUCCCACAACACAGCGCUCGUUACUCAAAUACACGCCUUAUCUGAAAAGCACAAAGUGAAGGAUUUGCUUGGGAUGGGGAAGAAUAAGGCCCGAGGUAAAAGUUCGUUUUCCCAGGCUCACAAACGAAAAGACAACUUGGCUGAGGACGUUGAAGCUGAGAAACAAGAAGAGAGUCUCCUGACAGAGUGUAAAUUUUACCUCUGCAGUAUUUUUGUUCACUGGGAACCCGUGUUCCCUCCCUCUGAUCCACAGUCCGCUCAGCCAAGAGGCAAACUGGAUCCCAGUCUGUUGGCCUGCGAUACUGUGCACCUGCUCACCAAGUGGUCCCUCAGGUGCUUGGUAGAAGUCUCAUAUGAUGAAAACCGAACCAAGGAAUUCUUGUGCUGGCUUGAAAAGUCUGUGAUAAAACAUCGGGAAAUCAUAAACGCUCUUUUGCUCGAUCCUGGUGUGAAGGCAGACCUCCUUCGGCUACACCAUCAGUUCAUCCAGUCUCGGUAUCACUGCGGCAUAUCAGCAGGAAUGGAAACUUUCCAGCGCUUUAACAACAUCAUGAUAUGUCUGCUGGAGACUGAAGGCCAUCUGCCAGAGCUGCAUCAGACAGUUGUGUCUGCCUGCCUGCCAGAAGCCACACAUGAGCCAUGUAGAAAUGAAGCUGGGCUAUUUCUGCUGUCACUGUACAUCCAUGAGCUGUGGAGCGGAUCUUCCUCUGCAGAGCUGUUCAUGUCUCAUGUCAGUUUAGUGGCCAGAGCAAAGUGUAAAAGGCAGAAAGCGCUUAAAUCAAUGGCUCAAACAGCCGUCAGAGCCAUCUGUGAUGACAUCAUGGGUAUGAAGAAUUGAAUGUAACAUCUGGACAUUAGCAUUCUUUUUAACUGAUCCUAAGCCAUUAUCACUAUGCUUUGUGUCACUCCUGUAAAAAGGUUUAAUAUGUCUCAAAAUCAUUUUAUAAAUUGAUGGUAAAAAAGGUGUUUAUGUAACAUGCGACUCCUGCAUAACCUCAUUUUCAUUUAAUAUCACUGUACUUUUACACACAAAGAUAACAGUUGCAUAAUAAUUGUUUAUUAGUAAAGGUGGCCUUGACUUGACUGAAGAA